AUGCCUUCAAAACCCUCCGCAGCUCGUCACGACAUGUCCGUGAUUCUCGUUACUGGUUCCUACGACCAUGAGAUUCGUUUCUGGGAAGCAUGGAGUGGUAUAUGUUCCCGAACUAUUCCCCGUACCGGAGAGUCAGGACAAGUUAAUCGCUUAGCUAUCUCUCACGACAAACGUUUUUUAGCAGCUGCUAUUCAUAAGAAAAUAAACAUAUAUGAUAUAGCAAGCUCUUCCCCUGAUCCACUGGCAACGUUCGAAGGCCACACCAACAAUGUAACAUCGAUAGCAUUCAACAGCGAGGGGAAAUGGUUGGUAUCUGGUAGUGAGGAUUCAACGAUAAAAAUUUGGGACCUUAGAAAUCCAGCCAACAAUGUGCACAGGACUUAUUAUAAUAAAUCCCCAGUGAAUGAUGUCUGCAUUCACCCCAAUCAAGGAGAACUGAUAUCCUGUGAUCAAGCAGGAAGUGUCAAGCAAUGGGACUUGACAGACACCAUAUGUUCUCAUGACCUUACACCAGCAGUCGACGUUCCUGUACGAUCUAUAACCCUUGCAUUGGAUGGGUCAUGCGUAGUUGCUGGCAAUAACAAGGGACAAUGCUUUGUAUGGAAACUGAACGACGAGAACACAGGGCUGCCUCGCUUUCAAGCUGUAACACGAUUUCAAGCUCACAGCAAAUAUAUCACUCGGUGUCUUUUAAGUCCUGAUGCACGUUUUCUUGCAACAUGUUCUGCAGAUACUACGGUCAAAAUUUGGUCUAUCAGUCCAAAUUACGAACUUAAGUUCGAAAAAGUAUUAGCAGGACAUCAACGUUGGGUUUGGGAUUGUGCCUUUAGCGCGGAUUCAGCAUACCUUGUUACAGCGUCUUCGGAUCACACUGCGCGCCUUUGGGAAAUGGCCUCAGGGGAAACCGUGCGCCAAUAUAAUGGCCAUCAUAAAGCCGCUGUCUGCUGUGCUCUGCAUGAUGGUGCCAGCUAG